AAAAAAACCAGUGAUUUGGACCAAGUGCCAAGCAGGGAUUGUCACUGGUUUUCGUGUUGUGUAGCAUUCUUCAGAUUCUUUUCAUACCCACUCUUGUUGUAAGAGUACACUGAAGUCUUAAAAAAUGAAGCAGCUGAAACGAAAAAGGAAAAGCAAUUUCAGUGUGCAAGAAACUCAGACGCUUUUAAAAGAAAUUACCAAAAGGAAAGAAGUCAUCUUUUCUAAGCAGCUCAACACAACGAUUAACGUGAUGAAGCGGAUGGCUUGGGAGGAGAUCGCGCAGUGUGUGAAUGCGGUAGGCGAAGGAGAACAGAGGACAGGGACGGAGGUGAAAAGAAGGUACCUGGACUGGCGAGCGCUGAUGAAGAGGAAGAGGAUGAAGGCGAACAUCAAGCUGGUGGGGUCAGGGUUUCCCCUGCCCUCCUCUGAUCUGGAUGACUCUCUCACCGAGGACAUCGACGAAAAGAUCGCGUUUCGAAACGAUGCAAAUUUUGACUGGCAGAAUGUGGCAGAUUUCAGGGAUGCCGGUGGAUCCUUAACCGAGGUCAAAGUAGAAGAAGAAGAGCGAGAUCCCCAGAGCCCCGAAUUUGAAAUUGAGGAGGAAGAAGAAAUGUUAUCAUCUGUCAUCCCAGAGCCCAGGAGGGAAAAUGAGCUUCCUGAUUUCCCCCACAUCGAUGAGUUCUUUACCCUCAACUCGACACCAUCUAGGCCUGCCUACGAUGAACCCCAUUUGCUCGUCAACAUAGAGAAGCAGAAACUAGAGUUGGAAAAACGACGACUGGAUAUCGAGGCUGAAAGACUGCAGGUAGAAAAGGAAAGGCUGCAGAUUGAGAAAGAGAGGCUGCGGCAUUUAGACCUGGAGCACGAGCGCCUGCAGCUGGAGAAGGAGCGCCUGCAGAUUGAGAGGGAGAAGCUGCGACUACAGAUCGUCAGCUCAGAGAAGCCAGCUUUGGAAAACGAACUUGGCCAAGGGGAAAAGUCCGUACUUCAGCCUCAAGACGUAGAAGCGGAGAAGCUGAAACUCGAGCGGGAACGCUUACAGCUGGAGAAGGAUAGGCUGCAGUUCCUGAAGUUUGAGUCCGAGAAGCUGCAGAUAGAGAAGGAACGCUUGCAAGUAGAGAAGGAGAGACUUCGAAUUCAGAAGGAGGGACAUUUGCAGUGAUCUCUUUAGGUCUUUCUAAACUGUAGGUUUUUCUUAUGUAAGAAAGUAGAAAGAUGCAAAUGAGAUUAUAUGUUUUUUCUUUCAUUCCUGUCUGAUGUCUGUGUUUUCAAUAGGAAAAAGAUAAUGACACGUGGGUAACUGUAUACUUAUGUAGUGUGUAUUACAGAAAAAUCUCUGUGUCCCAGCAUAAACAGUAUAGCAGAAACUUAUUGUGCUAGACCCUACGUUAGUAGUGCUACAUAGAAUAUCAUAGUCUCUGUGCACCUAGAGUUUGCGAUGUGUCUGUAAAUUCUAUCCCAGUGGUUCUCAAGCAGAGGUCGUUAGGCCCCCAGAAGACAUUUGGCAUGCCUGGAGACAUUUUUAGAUGUCCAAACUGGGCUAGGGAUGUGUUGAUCCUGGCAUCUGUGUGAGGAGGCCGAUGAGGUUGCUAAAAGCCUGUGCAUAGCACACUUCCCUCACAGGAAAGAGUUUCCCCAAUCCAGGAUGUCAUGAGUGCCAAAUUUGAAAGACACUGUCGUAACAGUGUACCUCUGUAGCUAUGUUUUAGAGUUUUAGAAUGUUAAAAUCUCAGCUAUGUGUGUAGGUAGGUACUUAAAGCCAAAAACUCUUUUUAACUAUGAAACACUACCAUAUAGUAUACUGAAUAUGAAAAGUGAUGAAAAUUAUAGAUAUUCUAUUCCUGUGUUUGCAACGAUAGCUUUCCGAGGUUCAGAAAACAAUACAGGGAACAUCUAAAAUUGCCUAAAAUGGCUCACUUUGAAAACUAGUUCAUUCUUCUAGCUAUUGAUGAUUUAGAAGCAGCAUACAGUUUUGAAGCUUUAGUUCUCUGCCUUUCUUUUUAAUCCACUGUCUUAGUUCGAAUGCAGAAAAUUGUUAUUUCAGCCAUGUGCUGAAAACUUGCAUAAGUGAGUGAUUGAAGUUAGUG